UACUACCUCGUCUCCCCUCGUCGCGCGUCGCGCUCGUCGCAUCGCGCCACAUAACUUGAAAACUCGCGUCCAUCCCUGACGCGCCGCGCGAUGCGCCUCGUUGAAAUCCGCGGGAUUGUCAAUCGCGAGCCUGUCUUCACCGCGAUCGUCGCGACCGUGCCGACGCGCGCCGCGCCCACGUCCGCGGAUCGGCUUUAAAUUUUUCGAGAAACAACUCGCUCUGGAUGAGCGAUCGACGAUCAGGCUGAUAAACUAUCCGACAUGUCUCGGUGUACGUGCGCUGGAGAACUUGGUCGACGACUUCGUGUCGAUCGUCUUGCGCGUACGCGUACCGAGUGAUACGCAAGUGUUCACGGGUGGCGGAUUCGCCGGUCGCGCGUACGGACGUGCGUAUGCACUCGACAGGCUAACGAAAUUCAGCGAGAUACGCGACGCGACGUAAGGCAAUCCCGAUCCGUCCAAGUCGAGCUCCAAGUUUGGUACCGGAAGUGCCACAAGUGUCGGGCGAUUCUAUCGAGGCUACAACAAUUCGGCAUACAUAAUUGAUCGUAUCGGAGAAUGAACGCAGACGCAUUGAGCGGCUGAACGUGCAGGCCAGGUAAUACGUAAAGAAAUCAAGGAAAUAAGAGAGCGAUGGUGGUGGAGUGGCUGUGCCCUGGACUUAGACCGACCAGGAGCAACAGGCCUCGUCUUUUGCACUGCAAAGUGAUACUUCUGGACGAGCAUGAAUUACUGCAGGACGUUUUGAGCUCGAAUCUAGGGCAAGAAUUAUUGGAUAGAGUAUUUAAGCAUCUUAACUUAUUGGAAACUUCUUAUUUCGGGUUACGCUAUCUUGAUCAUGGAAAUCAGACGCAAUGGCUCGAUCAAAGCAAAAAGCUCGGUAAACAAUUGAAGAUACUUAAAGGAGAUCCUGGAUCGGAUGUUCAUACUCUUUACUUCGGAGUCAAAUUCUAUGCAGCAGAUCCGUGCAAACUUAUCGAAGAGAUUACCAGAUACCAAUUUUUUCUACAAAUAAAGCAAGAUAUUCUGCAAGGGAGACUACCUGUAUCCUUCGAUUUAGCUGCGGAAUUAGGAGCUUACGUUGUCCAAUCGGAACUUGGCGAUUAUGAUCCUAGACGACACUCGCCUGGAUACGUCACCGAAUUUCGGUUUCUUGCCAAUCAAACGACAGAACUGGAAAAUCGCAUAGUAGAAAUCCAUAAAACUCUUAUAGGACAAUUACCGUCAGCAGCGGAACUAAACUACUUGGACAAAGUAAAGUGGUUGGAAAUGUAUGGCGUAGAUUUGCAUCCUGUAUUGGGCGAGGAUAGUGUGGAAUACUUCCUGGGUUUAACACCAAGCGGAAUAAUUCUACUACGCAAUAAGACUAAAGUAGGGAAUUAUUACUGGCCUCGAAUCAAUAAAAUUUAUUACAAGGGCAGGUAUUUUAUGCUGAAAGUGAGCGAAAAGAAUUCCGAAGAGAGGACGCACGGUUUCGAGACACCAUCGAAAGGAGCUUGCCGUCACCUUUGGAAAUGUUGCUUGGAGCAUCAAGCUUUUUUCCGUCUGAUGGCAACCGGUCCACCACCUCUCAGUCCAUACUCUCGUUUUCAUUCGUACAGUCCACCAUCCACUUUGGAGAAACAUGCGGUUAUCAGACGAAAUCCGCCACCAUUUCAAAGGACCCCCAGUCGGAGGGCGCAAAGACGAGUUGUAGAGGGUCAAGAAAUGGUUGGUUCGUUCGUUGAAACGCCUGUCACGGUGAUCUCGAACUCAGGCAACAAUCCAGGUGGCAACAACAUUUUGUGCAAUACGCAAAGGCAGGUGAACAACUCGAGUCCGAGAAGCACGAGAAGCGCACCGUGGACACAAAGUCAGCCUCGUGGUCUUUACACCUCGUCUAGUCCUCGUUCCGUUCGCUCUGUGGGAACGGCUCCGGCACUGUUAAGUAGACUUCAACGUCGGAGCAGUUCAGUGGAGAGUCAAAGUUCGGGAGAUAGCCACAGUCGUGGUGGUCACCGCAGAAGAAGUCAUAGUCAUAGUCACCGUCGACACAGCAGACACUCCGAUUGCGAGUCGGAACUUUCGAGGGGCUCGGAUACGAGAUCCGGCCAUCGAAAACAUCGUAGAAAACAUAGAAAUUCCCGCUCCUCUAGUAGACCCGAGUUGGUAGAUUCGGAACCGCAAUGGAGAGAAGCGCAAAAGCGAAAAGGGGAAGGCGUGCAAAAAGCUAUCGUAAGUCACACGGAGCCUAGAAGAAGACACAGAAGCAGACAUCGAAGUCCUUCUCAAAAGCAGCCAUUACCGGAUGAACUUCGAAAACACUUGGAAUUUGGCCUAGUCGAUACUAGUGGGAUGAGCGAGCAGCAACGCCGAGAAAUAUCCUAUACGGUAGUACAGUCGCAGUCUGUACAGCAAUCUUCCUUACAAUCUAAUAAUUCUCGAUUGAACGACACAGACUCAUCGUCCCUGCCUAGAACUGUCGGAUCCAUCGGCAAAAGGGAAAGAAGAGUCGUGCGGCGUCAUUGUGACGGCAGUUAUAACUUGAUGUCAACAACGUCCAAUCGAAUCGAGGCAAAACUCCCAGGGGCACGAAACGAAUAUAGUACGAAGAGGGAUUUUUAUUACGCUCCUAACAAGAGAGUGUCAGUAGGCAAUUACGUGGACAGUGGACUCGGGGAAAGCACGCCGCAGGAUUUUUCAAGUUGCUGCUCAAGCUCUGCCGACAGCAAUAAACCUAUUCACGUACAAUUGCAAGUAGGCGGAGAGGUAUGUUAUGAACUGCCAUCAAAUCAGGAAAUCUCCCCUCCUCUCGACACUACUCUGGAUGCUGUUCUUCAGCCAAUUAUAUCUACCUUAACAAGGAGGCAGCGGAACCACCCGAAAUAAUCGUACACCUUUAAUACGAAAUAAAGUUUUAUAUUCAUACGCUGUGUAUUUAAAGAAAGUUUUCAUACCUUUAACAAAAUUAACAUCCACGAACUGUGCACUAUGCACUUGUUGAAUCUUAUCAGAUGAAAAACAAACUUUGAUGAAUAAAAAUAUGCUUUACACGC